AUGUUAUCUGACAAGGAAUUGUUCGAAUUGAACAAAAAAGCCGUCACCGAGGGCUUCAAGAUUAAACCAAGAAUCAGCUACAAUACCGUUGGUGGUGUCAAUGGUCCUUUGGUGAUUUUGGACAAUGUGAAGUUUCCAAAAUUCAACGAAAUUGUUAAUUUGACUUUGCCUGAUGGAACUACCAGAGCUGGUCAAGUUUUGGAAGUCAGGGGCUCCAAGGCUAUUGUCCAAGUUUUCGAGGGUACUUCUGGUAUCGAUAUCAAGAAGACCAGAGUUGAAUUUACAGGUGAGAACUUGAAGAUUGCUGUCUCGGAGGAUAUGUUGGGUAGAGUCUUUGACGGUUCCGGUCGUCCAAUUGACAAGGGUCCAAAGAUUUUUGCAGAGGACUACUUGGACAUUAACGGUUCUCCUAUCAACCCAUAUGCCCGUAUUUACCCUGAAGAAAUGAUUUCCACUGGUGUUUCUGCUAUUGACACCAUGAACUCCAUUGCCAGAGGCCAGAAGAUUCCGAUCUUUUCUGCUUCCGGUUUGCCUCACAAUGAAAUUGCUGCCCAAAUUUGUAGACAAGCAGGUUUGGUUAGACCAACCAAGGAUGUCCACGACGGCCACGAAGAAAAUUUCUCGAUUGUUUUCGCUGCUAUGGGUGUCAACUUGGAAACUUCUAGAUUCUUCAAGCAAGAUUUCGAAGAGAAUGGUUCAUUGGAAAGAACUUCCUUGUUCUUGAACUUGGCCAAUGACCCUACUAUUGAAAGAAUUAUUACUCCUAGAUUAGCAUUGACAACUGCCGAAUACUUGGCUUAUCAAACUGAGAGACACGUUUUGACCAUUUUGACUGAUAUGUCUUCUUAUGCUGACGCUUUGAGAGAAGUGUCCGCUGCCAGAGAAGAAGUCCCAGGUAGAAGAGGUUACCCUGGUUACAUGUACACCGAUUUGUCUACCAUUUACGAAAGAGCUGGUAGAGUUGAAGGAAGAAACGGUUCUAUUACUCAAAUUCCGAUCUUGACCAUGCCUAACGAUGACAUCACUCACCCAAUUCCGGAUUUGACUGGUUACAUUACCGAAGGACAAAUUUUCGUCGACCGUCAAUUGUCUAACAGAGGUAUCUACCCACCUAUUAACGUUUUGCCUUCUUUGUCUCGUUUAAUGAAGUCUGCCAUUGGUGAAGGCAUGACCAGAAAGGACCACGGUGAUGUGUCUAACCAGUUGUAUGCUAAAUAUGCUAUUGGUAGAGAUGCUGCUGCCAUGAAGUCUGUUGUUGGUGAGGAAGCUUUGUCUACUGAAGAUAAGUUGUCGUUGGAGUUUUUGGAAAAGUUUGAAAAGAACUUCAUUGCCCAAGGUGCGUACGAGAACAGAUCUAUUUUCGACUCGUUGGAUCUCGCCUGGUCGUUGUUGAGAAUCUACCCUAAGGAGAUGUUGAACAGAAUCAGUCCUAAGAUCUUGGCUGAAUUCUACGAAAGAGCUAGAGACCAAGAUGACGAUGAGGAGGAAGAGGAGGAAGAGAAUGUUGACAAGUCUCACGACUUGAUUGACGCUUAG